CGGAGACCGAUCAAGGAGAACGAGAAUGAGCUACUACAACCAGCAGCAACAUCCCGUUGGUGUCCCUCCGCCGCAAGGUUAUCCACCGGAAGGAUAUCCCAAGGACGCGUACCCGCCCGCCGGAUACCCCCAGCAGGGCUAUCCCGCCGGGUACCCUCCCCAGCCCGGGUAUCCUCAGCAGCAGUACGCGCCGCAGUACGCGCCGCAGUACGCCCAGCCGCCGCCCCAGCAGCAGCACCAGAGCAGCGGUUUCAUGGAAGGCUGUUUGGCUGCUCUGUGCUGUUGCUGUCUUCUGGACGCUUGCUUCUGAGGAUGAUAGACACAAGACUGGAAGUGAUUUUCAUGUCAAGGCCCUCUUUUGUUAUUUGCUCUUCUUGCUAUAUUUUCCCGUGUCUAUGUCGUUGCUCAUAUUGACUUCUUGAAUAAUAUGAAACUUUUCUCGUCAAUUGUAAGUGUAUUUUUCAUCUA